AUAACAAAAGCAGUAACCAGUCUACGAAAUUGCUCUGGAUCAGUGCCCCUUUAACUGUUUGUGUGGCUGUUUUUGUCAAUCAUAUGCGGCACCGUUUUGGUAACCAGCUGGUUUAGCAAGACCCCGUUUCGUCCGAGCACAUCAAAUAUGAUGUCAACAACUUGUACCCCAUACGACUUGACUACGACUUCGAAGUGAUAAUUUAUAGGUCAUUUAUGUUAAUCGGAACUUUGUUUCCAACUCAAGAUAUCGUGCAAAACAUUUCAAGCCAAGGUGGAAAUACACGGACAUUCGCAGUGAAAAAAGUGGAAGAAGAACAUUGGACAGCUCUACUGGCUGAUAGUAACACAAGGAGGCAGAAAGAUAUUGUGUUGAACACAGACUACAGUUAACGUUACUGUUGAAAUGUGUUUGUUUACUCUUCUCACUUUGCAUGUUUCAUCUGGACACGGAGGCGCCAUGUGAAUAGAUCUACUGUGUUAAGAACUAAAAGUAGAGAUGCCUGAAUCAUUCCUUUGACAGUGAACAACUUCAAAAUUAUACAUCGCAUUCAGCAUGAACUUUCAUGGGCUAGUAGAAAAGACUACACAAACAGAUCAGACAAAAAGCAAGAUUAUUUCUGUAUGUUUGUUUAUUUUGAAGAAUGGUGAAUUCGAUGAUGUAUCUUACAGGGUCGUUAAACAGACAGAGAAAGAAGAGUGUCUUGUGAUGACCUAUGACCAUUUGUUUGGCAUUCUUGGAGAAAACAUUGAUCCACUAUCAAUAUCCAUUUCUCAUCGUGGAACUUGCAAAAUAUUUAUUCUAUUUAGGCCUGUGAAAAUUUAUGAUCUGGUGAUAAAUGGAUUGUUUGAUACCGUCCAUUUCUUAAAUAUUUUGAGACAUUUUCACAAAGAAGCCACAUUUUGUCCAGGAAUAUCUUUAAAAUUUCUUCAAACUGAUAUUCACCCAAGUGCUAUUGUGCAAUAUGAACAUCCCUUUCCACGCAGCCAGUCUGUUGACUGUCCAGUAUAUUGGGAAAAGUCAGAUGGGUUGCUGUCUUCCAGCCCAUGUUUUCCAUGUAAUUCCUGCAGUUUGCUAAUGGUAAAGACAUCUGACAAAAAUGAUUGUAAUCAGGAUAUCAACUUGCCAAGUGAUACUGUCUCAAAAUUUGCAUCAAAAGAACAUGAUGUUUGUAAUCAGAAAAAAACUAACUCAGCCCUCAUGUUGCUAUCAAACAACCUGAUCCAACCCUCUUUCCCAGAAGAUUCAAGAUUUGACAACAAUGAUGAUGCUGAACCAUUGGUAAAACAGAUAUGUUCAUUCAACAAGAAGAAUCAUACAAGGAGUUCAGUGACAGAUAAAAAGAACAGAAAACAUCUUGCAAUGGUUUCAACCAAAGUUUCUAUGAAACAUUCUCUCACAGAAAGAAAACAUACUUCUGUUUCUGGUGAACCGGCAUGCAAGUAUGUAAACAAAAACAGUUUGCAUACUGCAUUAACCUCUGUAAAUGACGCAGAUGUACAAGUAUAUCCAAAUGUACAAAUUGAUGGGAUGUCAGAAAUGAGUAUUUGUGAGACUUCAAAAGUAAGGAGUAAAGUAGCUGAAACCAUUGCUGAAGAAUUGGAAGCUAAUUCCACGCAUAUAUCUGAAAGAAAUAAAGUCAGUAGAAGUUGCAGAACAUGCAUUCCAAUGAUAGAAAGCGAAGUUACCUGUGACCAUGCAGUUUCUGUUGAAAGUAAUAAUCAGAUAGAAGUCAGUCCUACCCAUGGGCAAAUAACUGAUUUGUGUACACGGUCAGGGAGGCAAAACAUUGAUGCAACACAAAUUUUACCAUCUCAAAAAGGCACGCACUCAAAAAGACUAUGUGAUUUAAAAUAUUCAGUGUUACAAUUUUCCAAUACAGGUGACUGUUGCACAGAAAGGAUUGAGAACUCCUCAUCAAAUAUGGAAACAAUGCCCUCUGUCACUGCCACUCUGCCAAGUGUUCUGCAUCCAGAAUCAGCCAGUGAGACCAAACAAAAUGAUAUUCUGAGAACAUCCACACAGUUUAGGAAUAUCAAGCACAAAAGGCCCAGGAUGAUAAAUGCUACCUUAAGACUGGAUGAUGUGAUUGCCCAGUUAAAAAAAUCUGUCAGUAAGCCUCAGCUUUCAGUUUUACAUCCACAGUUAGAUGGAAUGCAACCUACCUCACAAGAGACAAUUGACUCUGCAUCUGGUAAACUCAGCAAUGAAGAUUCUGAAGUCAAUAAAAAUAUAAAAAAAUGGCCCAAAAGAAAGCGAAAACCAUCCAAGAAAGGAAUGGAAUAUCUUGAAAGUUUAAAGUGCAAAAGUUAUGAAAGAGAAGUACUCAGUAUGAUAACUAAGAGAAAAACUGGAAAAAAUAGCUUCUUAAAAUGCAACAGUGUUGCAGUGGAGACUGUGAGUUCUUUUUGUCCUGACUUUCUCAAACGUGGGAAGGCUACAAAGAUUAACAAGACAGGGUUGAUGUCAGGUCAGAAAAUUGUAUCGGGAGCCUCAAACAAACAAAGAAGUUCAUGCUCAGAACCAAUUCUAAAUGCUUCUGAAAUGUUACAGAAGUCUCAGGAAAGUAUACCUUUGAAACCACCACGUAGAGAAACAGAAACGUUAACAAGAAGAAGAAAGGAAAGCUCCAACCAUAUCCAGGCCAACAAUUCUGAUGACAUGUCAGUUGUGAAAGAAGAUGAUGUACAGACUGACACAGAGACACAACUAAAAAGAACAGUCAAAGGGGAAGAAAAGCAUAAGCCUACUCAAUGUCCAGUGUGUUAUGAAUUCUACAGCAAUGAAAGAACCCUUGGCAGGCACAUGAGGAUUCACAAUCUAGUAAGGCCUUUUAAAUGUCCUGUUUGUGAGAAGUCAUUUGUUCAGAAGAUCACCAUGAAAGUUCAUAUGCGUUUACAUUCUGGGGAAAAACCACAUCAGUGCAUCAUUUGUGGGAGAUCAUUUGCUCAGAAGAGUAAUAUGGAGACUCAUGUCAGAAGACAUCUUGGUGUCAGACCAUACCAGUGUGAUAUGUGUAGCAAGGGAUUUAGUGACAAAGGUAGCUUAGGAGAGCACAAGAAGAUACACACUGGUGAGCAACCUUAUGUCUGCACUGUUUGUGGUAAAUCAUUUAGUCAAAGAGCAAAUAUGCGCACACAUCUUCAUCGACAUCAAGAAGAAAAAAGUUUGAUGAAAGCGUAACCCACAGAUAAGCCGACCCCCUUCUACAGACUGCUUUGUUUGGUCCUCAAAAUUCGGCUUAUCUAUGAUAAUAAACGGUACUCUUGUCUUCAGUGCAAAGAGUCUUUUAAUAAAAAGGAAUGUUUAUUGAAACAUACUAAAACACAUGAUACAUCCAUGCAAGGAACAAGGGAGAAAGCAGAUCAGCUCACCAAUGCUCCUAUUUAGUACACCUGAAUAAAAUUCAAUACCUCUGUGCAUCAGCUAUGAAAGUCAAGGCUGAGAAACAUCUGAGUGACAAUUUCAUUUCCCAGGUAUUGUUUUUCAUGUGUAAAUUCAGUUAGUUUGAAAUAUAAGCCUCAUUAGCAGUCCUGAGGACAAGGACUGACAAGAAGGUCUGCUGGUGAUUAUUUGUACCAUACAAUGAUUGCUGAUAUUAGAAAUUAUUCUUUGAAAGAAAUCAAGGUCAAUUUCACUGAAACAUUUUGGUUGCACUUUCCUAAAAAAGUAGAAAUGCUUCCACCUUUUAACUUUUAUUUACCUUCCCUUGAUUAAGAACACACUUUGGAAAAGGCUUUAUCCAAGAUCAGUUGAAAGUGAAUAUAAUAUAGCACACCAUGAUUAUGUCACUUUCUUUCUUAUCUGAAGUAUAGUUAUCUUUACAUCAUGAUUUUUAUUUUUGCAUGUAUUUUUGUAAUCCUACCCCAUCAAGUGUUGGUGGCAUGUCUGUCAAAGGGUCAAGGUAAUCUUUGAGGCAAUUGUGAAAUGUGAUUACUUAUUUAAUUCCAGAUACAUGUUGCAUUGUCUGGAUGACCUGUUGACAGAUGGUAACAGCAUGUCAGUAUGUACAGAUUUGAAUGAAACAUCUUGGUCACUGGGUCAAUAUUUAUAGGUACGAGGCAAGGCCAUUGCAAAAAUAUACUUUUUAGUACACAUUACAUGAUACAUCUGUCCGUGCAGUCCACAAAGUAUCAUGUGCAGAUUUUUGAGUCGGUAGCGAACUAUAGGCCACUUCACAUCUCAUUCAGUAAGUUAUCACUUUUUUCCUGAUUUUUUGUCAUAUCGCCUAAGGUGGUAGUUUUCACACUAUAAUUAACUUAGAUCUUCAAUUUUACAUAGGUUAUAGGUAUCAUGAAACCCGCUAUUACCGUGGUAGUUAAUGCUGUCGCUAUGGGGAUUAAUGUUAAAUCUUUAUUUCUGGCUUCUUUGAGUGGCAUUUUAGAAGUUAUGUAGUACAAUAUUGACCAAACUUUAUGGAUAACGACUUCUUUUAUUUCAUGAAUGUGACGUUUCGAUAUGGAUUCCGCCGAUACAUUCCUGCUUGACAAUGGUGCAAAAAUCCUUAUCGAAAGUCACACUCACGAAAUAACAGAAGUUGUUAGAUCCUUGAUGGGCAUUUUAGAAGAUGCUAUUUGAUGGACAUCAAGAAUUUCCUGGAUUUCAUCUUCUUUGUAUUCUGUUUGAUACAACUUUUCAAAUUAAUGAACAGUACAAUACAGUACAGUACAGUUACUGUUCAUUAGUUUUACCUGAUGAUGGGUCCGGAACACGCCCCGAAACGUUGCAUCAAAGAAUAAAAAUAAAAUAAAAUCCAGGAAAUUCUUUAUGUUCAACAGAAGUUGUUAUCCAUAAAGUUUUGUCAAUAUUCAUUUCUGUCGUAAAUAGAGUGGCAUUUAGUCGCUACUCAUUCAAUUGCCUCAUUUGACCUAGAAAUUGAAGUUACUCUCUAUUAUCAUGGUAUUGCAUGUAGUACAGGUAUGUAACCACUUUAAGAUGCACUAAAAUAUUUUUUAGCCUUAGAGUGUGCCAUACAAUUUGCUGCUGUGUUCAGUGUGAAGUUGAGCAAUACGUCACUUCCGGGUUUUCUUUAAAGAUGGUAACUAUGCAAAUGAUCUUAUAGUUGUUACAAGAUUACUCUUAAUGGAAUAAGUUUUUAUUCCCGCAAGAUGCAAUGGCAAUGGGAGUGAAACCGGUUUCAUAAUAUUCUAGAACUUAUAGCAAAGAUGAAUACUUAACUAUACCUACUGACAUUCUACUGAAAUAAAUCCAUUUUACAAGAGUGA